AGCAAAGUACCAACGUGCACUCAUUUACAUCAGCAUCAGUGUGCGAAAGAGAAGUAUAAUCAAUGCAGUUACUACUUAUCUUUGUUUUUAUUCAUAUUGUUGCAACGCAUUAUUUGAACACUGAACUAUGCAGACAGCCGAACGGUCUUGGGGGUCAAUGUCGAAUGCUAAAAAACUGCAAACCUUUACGGGAUCUAAACAAGAAAAGAUCAAAAACAGCUGACGAAGAACUUUACAUAAAACAAUCUUCAUGUGGUUACUUUUCGGAUUAUCAAUUUGCGGUAUGCUGUCCGUUAGAGACUGAAUGGUUAAGAUUUAGGACGAUCAAACCAUUAACAGGGAACGACAUCGAACUUGAACCAAGUUACGAUAAACCAGACAUUGACACAUUAUCAAUCGGCAACAACAACUCAAGUCAAACUGCAAAUAUAUUAGAAUGUGGAACUGAAAUUAAGCUAAAUUCUAGAAUUAUGGGAGGUGAAGUUACAUCCGUCGAACAAUAUCCAUGGCUGGUGCUGUUAGAAUAUCGUGGCGGGGAUACUUUAUGCGGCGGCAGUUUGAUCACUAAGCGAUUUGUUCUUACCGCUGCCCACUGCUUGACUGAUGUCUCGUUCGGACCACCUAAGUACGCUCGUCUUGCUGAAUACGACACCUCUACAUAUCCAACCGAUGCGGUGACUGUAAAGGGCGAAGAAGUUCAGUUAACAGUGGAAAUUAUUGAAAUUAUAAAGAACAUUAUUCACCCGAACUACACAAGGCUAACAUUGAGAAAUGACAUCGGACUCUCAAAACUAAAGACCGAUGUAGUUUUCACAGAUUUCAUUAAACCAACAUGUCUACCAACUAAAGACUUUACAGCUGAGUUACUUGAGAACCAAGGACUGACUGUUGCUGGUUGGGGUAGUAAUGGAACUGACAGGAACACAAUCAAGAUGGAAGUACAUAUACCAUUCGUGUCUAGAGAAAAUUGUACAAAGGUGUUUGGCAAUAUCAAUGAUGACGUCAUCUGUGCUGGAGGAGUCGGGAAGAAAGAUAGCUGUGGAGGAGAUUCAGGGGGACCUUUGAUGCAUGAAUGGGACGACCUUAAAUAUGUAGUGGUUGGGAUUGUGAGCUAUGGUAUCAAAGGAUGCGGCGUAGAAGGAGUACCAGGGGUAUACACCAAUGUAUUCCGUUACUUGGAUUGGAUAAAACAUAACGCUGUUUGAUUACAUACGAUCCCUUCAUUCAGAGAGUUAAACAGAUAUCGCGCCAAAUGUCUGUCCAGGAUUGGUGCGAUAUUGACAU